AUGCUUUUCUCAAGUCGCUUCACUUUCGCCCUCGGGGCUAUUCUCUCUCUCAUCGCCAACGUCAGUGGCUCUGGCGAAACCGGUUUUCCCUCCUUCAUCACAGGAUGGGGCAUCUUUACCCGAUGGCAGUCCAUGACCGACAGUAUUGCUCAAUUUGAUGUCCCUGGCAUUGACGAUCUAACACUCGGCGAAUGGAGCAACCCCGACAAGAAGGUUACCUGGAUGUGCUACACCGUCAGCCUGGGAGACGUUCUUGUUCCAACCACUGGAACCGUCGUCAUUGAGAAGGCUGUCCUUUCCUACCCUGGUGACGACGGUAACGAGGUGAAGGAAACCGUCGUUAGCAAGCGCAGCGGCGAAACCGCCGACGGACCUUCUGUCCUCUACGGCGCGCGUCUGCAAAAGGGUCUUAACCACCCCAACAUUCUUCCCAUCUACCACUACGUGCUCGGCAAGGGCGCAAGGAGGAGUUACGGCUUUGCUAUUAUGCCUUUAGUUGAAGAGGGAUCUGUGGCAGCAAACCUAGACCAGUAUUCUGAUCAAGCGUCUGUCAAUACUGCCUUCAAACAGAUGCUCAGCGCCGUCACUGCUGUCUCCAGCGCUGGUAUUAUUCACCGCGAUCUCAAGCCUGAGAACUUCCUCAAGGAUGGCGAUACCAUCAAGCUCAUGGACUUUGAUCAGUCACUUCAAACUGGCACAAGUCUUCAGAUGGAUGUCGGCACUCCCUCAUACACUGCCCCAGAAAUCAUGCUUGGCAUGGAAUACACCACCAAGGCCGACACUUUCUCACUGGCCAUGAGCUUCCUCAUCAUGUCUGUGACUGACCUGCGAAACUCGGACACCCGAUUCCAGCUCUGGAAGGAUCUCAUUGAGCCCUCUCCUGGACACUAUCAGGGCAUUACAGCCUCUGAGGUUGAGAAGAUUCUUGGGGACAGAAACUAUGGUGUGUUUAACGGGAAUGAUGGUCUUCUCAAGGUGAUUGCCAAGGCUAUGUGCAGUGAAGGCGAGCGCUACAGUCCCGCAGACUUUGAGACCGCUUUCAACGGAGCUACAUAG